UGAAAACACCAUAGUUAUAAUUCAACUUCUCACGGAUUUCUCUUAUUUUCACGCUAUUAUUUGGAACAACUUAAAUAGACAUUUGACAAUAACAGAUGCAGUUUGCAAAUAUCAAGAAUAAGAAUGUGGAGCUUAAUAACAAUGAUUGACUUAAUCAUAUUAUCGUGUUCUUUCUUGUCGUUGGUGAACGGAAAAUUAAUUUACGAUUGCCCUCUUGGAUGGGAAACGUUUCAGAGCAGCUGUUAUCAAUUUAAUUUCCUACCUUUAAAAUCAUUCGAGAUGGCUGAUUUAUCAUGUCAGACUAAUGGAGCAAUUUUGCUAACUGUAAAGGAUGUAACGGAGCACAAAUUCAUCGUGAAUUUUGUGAAAACUAAGUUUUAUGGCAAAAACGUAUGGUAUACUGACGGUAUGGUUGAUCCGAAUGAUUCUGAGAAAUAUAUUUGGCGGGAAAGUGGGAAACAAAUUGCAGAUAAUGAUCAAUAUUGGAUAGAUGAAUCUGAUCGGGAAAAACCAGGAAAAAGAAUUGUCUACAUGAGCAAAGGAUCAUCAUUUGGAUGGAGUCUUACAACAGAAGUCACACCUCAUUCAUAUAUUUGUAAAAUUCCAAAAUCGGAGGUAUACCGCAUUAAACAACGAACCAGGGAUUUCAAUUUUGGAGCCGGUGUAAUAGAUGCUUGGGACAUAAAGAGAGGACCAAACAUGACAAUCGAAUCUCCGAAUUAUAUUGUUCUCGAAGGUCUCGAAACAACGUCUCUUGAAUGCGUUGCUACGGGAAAUCCAGCUGUUCAAUAUAAAUGGUAUCGACUAGACGAGAAAAUCAUUCAAUCUGGCGAAGGAAUUACUAAGUCUGGAACUGAGAUAGCAUCAAGUAGCAGGUAUACUCUUACGAAUGGCCGAUUAACAAUCAGCCAGCCACAAGCAGCUUUCGACGAAGGUUAUUUCCAGUGUAGUGCAGAGAAUGAUUUCGGUCGUGUAUUAGGAAACCCCGUUCAAAUUACGUUCGGAACACUCGGUGAAUUUUCAAACGUUCGACCUGAAGCAGUCCAUGUGAAGGCCUACGAAUUUGCAAUCCUUAUAUGCAGUGAAAUUAGAUAUAAACCACGAAUCACCUACCAAUGGGUUAAAGGAGAUGCUGAGAAUUUUGUUCGACCUACUAAACAGAAAUACAUGUUCAUAUCUUCCAAUGGACGUUUGUAUUUUGCGGAAGUUUCUAUCGCCGAUCAUGGGGUGUACCGAUGUCUGGUGAAACUGUCGUCAGCUGUCAACAGCGUAAUGGAAAUUGAUCAGCCCCCAAGCCGAAUAAGUUUACCGAUACCCUUGGUUGUUUCGUUUUCAUCUCCAAAAGCGAAGUGGGGACCUACGAUUCUCAACGAUUUCAUACUUGUUAAUCCGUCCCCGCCAAUGCUUGGUCACAAUGUUCGACUUGAAUGUUUCGCAGUGGGGUCUCAAACAGAUGCCGAGCCAAUGACAUAUGACUGGAGGAAAAUAGAUGGUGAACUGGCAAACAAUAUUAAAUUUUCGGAUUUGAAUAGAGUUUUGACGAUAGAAAAUUCUCGAUUUGAAAAUGAAGGUGUAUACCGCUGUAUCGUUAUGCGAGGUAAAUCAGGAAGAGAUGAAAAAGAUUUUGCACUAUUACUUUCUGCUAAGCCAUAUUUUGUUUUACCAUUAAAACCACAGCAUAUCGACGUUGGUUCUCAUCUUACUUGGCGUUGCGAUGCCCGUGGACGCCCGAAAGUGACUUACAGCUGGUACAAAAAUGGUGUACUUAUAAACGAAAAACGAGACAAUGUUAAAAUACAAGGAAAUAUGUUGAUUAUCAACGCUGCCGAUAAAGACCUCCACAGUGGGAUGUACCAAUGUGGAGCUUCAAAUACUUUUGGUAUCACUUUCAGUGGUGCUCAAUUGAGAGUUUUGGCGUUCAAACCAACUUUUAUAAGAUCUCAUCAAUCUAAGACUAUGUCUGGAGCACUUAUGGGAAAUGUGUCACUUAUAUGUGAUCCGGAAAGUGCUCCUGAGGCUGUAAUUACGUGGUCAAAAGACGGGGCAGAACUGAAUCUUGAUGUGUCUGCCAACGAAAAUGAUCAUUUGCGCUUACUUGCUAAUGGAAAUCUUUUCCUAAACAAUAUUAAUGACAAUGAUGCCGGCGAAUAUACUUGCAAAGCUAGCAACACACUGGGAGAAACAACAUUUACAAUACAAUUCAGAGUAACGGAUCAAAUUGUAAUAGCAUAUCCGCCGAUUAAUACAGAAGUAAUUGUUAAUGAAACAGCUUUUAUACCAUGUGACGUAUCACAUCCAUAUUUUGUCGAUCUUGUAUUUCAUUGGUUAUUUAAUGGAAAACCAUUAAAUCUGGAGAACAACCCACACUAUUCUACGUCGGAAGUCAAUGGACAUAUAAGAGGCUUAUACAUACGUGAUGCGAAAGUUUACCAACAAGGCCAGUAUGAAUGCAUUGCCAUAACACCCACCCAUAAAGUAUCAGCAGGGGCAUAUUUAACUGUGAAAGGUCCUCCGUUUCCUCCAUCUGGUGUAUCUGUUGCAUUAUACAGCGGCACAACAACUACACUAACACUCCAGUGGUUAGCUCCAUAUGACGGUGGCUCUCCAAUACUCUUUUACAUGAUAUUAGCCAAACACAAUUAUGAAAAUGACUGGAAGAUUCUCACAGAAUCUCUCAAAGAACCCUCAACGUUGAAAGAGAACACUAACAUGAAAUUCGCAAAUAUGGAGGGAUUGAUACCAAAUGCUACCUACAGUUUUCGUGUACGUGCUAUUAAUAUCUACGGCGUCGGAGAAAACAGCCACCCAUCUAGGUUUCAUAAAAUGGACCCUUCUAAUCCUCAAGCGGCUCCAAAGUUGGUUGGAGGCGGGGGUGGCAAAGUUGGCCAACUACACAUUUCUUGGGAAGCUCUCUUACCCACUGAACAAGGUGGCAAAGGAAUAGGCUACAAUGUGUAUUGGCGACGAACGAGUGACAAAUAUCUUCGAUGGAAAAAGCACGUCAUACAUAAGGAUGCAGAUGAAUUGUUUCUCUUAGUCGGAGCAGAAAACUUCUACAUUAAAUAUGAAGUCAAAGUACAAGCAUUCAACUUGUAUGGGGAUGGACCGAAUUCUACAGUUGUAGAAGUUUACUCCGCUGAAGGAAUGCCUACCGUGGUUCCAGAUAAUGUUAACGUGGUUACAUACAAUGGCACUGCUGUUACUGUAUUGUGGACCCCAGUACCUGAUACACAUGCAGACAUGAAAGGGGUUGUCCAAGGAUACCAAGUCAAUUACUUUGACAGAGAUAUAGAAAACGCACCGACCUACUUCCAGUCAUUCUUUGGUCAAAUGUCUUCUGCGAUGAUUAUUGGUUUAAAGCCAAAUGGUUACUAUUGGAUGACAGUGCAAGUGUUCAAUACAGCAGGACUUAGCGAUCUGAGCGAGAAGUAUUUGGGUAAAACAGGAAGUGAUCCUCCUUUGAAAUACCCGAUCGAAAUACACGUAUAUUCUCACGGUCCGGAAAGUGUUCGAGUUACAUUCCGUGGAGUUGGCUACAACAACAACGAAGAUCCAAUCCAAGGGUACAAGCUAUGCUCCUGGCAGGUCACCGACAUGAUGGAUUAUAGUAAAUGCGUUCAAGUAGGUGUUGUUAGCUCAGGAAUUAUCCCUAAUCUGAAAAAGAACGUUUUAUAUAAACUUCGAGUAUGUGGUUUCACUGGAGCUGGAGAUGGAAAAUUAAGUGAAUUAACUUACUUCACACUUGGUGGUCUGGUGAAAUAUAAUCCGCAAGAUUUUGAAGUCUUGGCGAUUUCAAGCACGAUUCAUGCAAACUUUGGAAUAAUUUUAAUUCUAUAUAUUAUAACUAUCUACUCACCGAACAACAUUUUUACAUGAAAAUUCAAAAUUCAAAAUUUUGCUUUUAUUUGAAUAUAUUUUAAAAGCUUCA